AUGCCCUCGCCCGGUAUUCCGCAUCGGCCUUCCAAUCGAGGAAGUGGGAAGAGCCCCGCGUCCAAGCCCAAGCGCCUUGACCUAGGCGAUCCAUUAGGUCCGCAUGACACCAAUACCGUCAGGGAAAAGGUGCGAAAAUGGCAGCAACAAGGUGGAGGGGUUGUAAUUGCUCCCGAUGUCGGUGCAAGCGACGAAGACGAGGAUAAACGCAGCAGAGAGAGCGGAGUCGAGCCCAGGCAGAAGCGGAAGGAUAAAGAUCGGGAGGACGCUGGAAGGAUACGGACACGCGGGUCCGAAGAAGAAGGAAAAAAGAAGAAGGUAACAAGUCGGUCAGGCGGUAACGCUCCCAAGAAACGAGUUAUCAGCGAUGCGCAUUGGAGAAAGGAUAGGCCUCCAACCGGGUCUCCAUCACCGUCUCCUACGAAAAGGACAUCGCGAAGAGACGCGGAAGCAACAUACGGAUACGGGAAUACAAAGGACCUUUCAGAAAGAAAGAAGGAAAAGCCCACCGAAAAGCCGUUAACUGGUGAUGGGAUAAAUGUCUACCCUGGGCCGCUGAGGCCGCCGACGGCUUCUCAAAGUCCAAUGCGUUCUGGAGACUCCGGAAGAAGCAACUCGUCGAUUGAUUACAAGGAACUCAGCUAUGGGUCUAGUGAAAAGAAGUCGACUUCUCGACGUAAAUCUACCAGAAGGGAAGUGAGGGCGAAGUAUGUCGUCAACGAUUUCCCGUACAAAAGCGACCAUUCAAGGCCACAUGAAUCGAGUGAUGCUGCGAGCUUUUCUGGUAAGGAAACCCGGAUGGCAAGUCCUAAAAUGAAAGCUCCGACACGGACUAUGAAGCCCAAAGGGGACAUCAACACACAAGCCAUCGACUCGAAGACCAAAUUCUCCAAGAAGGACCUGCCUCCCGUUCAACAAUCUCACGGUUCCAAAGUGGAAGCAUGGCUUUCUAGAACUAGUGACCCUUUUAUCGACGAUGAUGAAUCAUAUGUGGAGAUGCCGCCUCCAUUGAAGUCGUCCCCUCGCUGGAAAAGCAUGUCAACUGUUAAAAAGGACGUCGAUACGGACGAAAAGCAGUCUGCAUCAGAAGACCAAAAUACUUCCCGUAAAGACCCCCACAAACGUCGAAAAAGUUUCAGCGGCACUGAUGGGAAAUAUCACCCAAAAGAGUCUAAUACUGUGAACAAUGACCCUUCCGAGACUUCUCCAGCCAGUUUAAAGCGAUCCAAGGCCAGUAAACGACCAAAAUCUAUGGAGCAUCGCAAGAUGUCAAUGCUACGCGAAUCUGUUGAAGAGGCUUUAAAGUCGUCCUCUAGCCUUGACCGCCCCAUUUCCUCGGAUGGGUCCGAAGUAUCUUUGACUGAUCGACCUCCUCCGUUGACCCUAAGGAGGAUGUUCCCCGGAACCGGUAUGCACAGAUUGUCUACUAUUGCUUCGGUUGAUACCUUGAACACCACAACGGAGACGGCGAAAGAGCCUGAAAAACACCCAAAUGCAGCUUCUGCAGCCUUAGAGGGUGAUGACGUAUCGGAGUCUGAAAUAAGAGAUCAGUUCGAUCCCUACUCUAUGCCCGGACCCGGUGCAAGUUCUUCAAAACGGAAACUUGCUACUCAUGCUGACUUGAUGUCGGUUCUGUCCCUUCCAACAGGCGGUAGUCGCAGCAUCCGGUCUGCAAGGAGUAUUCGCACGAAUCGGAGCCGCCUUGCCACUGCUACUGUGGGGGAUAUUAUGCGAGAGCUCGCCUCUGAUGAAGCUAAGUACAUGCGGGAGCUUCGGACUCUCGUUGGCGGUGUCAUCCCGGUAUUGUUGACAUCUGUUCUUUCAAAAACUGAUUCGGCAAUUGCUGCUGGAUUAUUUCGCCCAAAUGCUAAACCCAACGACGACGACAACUUCACAAGGCCCAUAGUGAAUAUGGGUGUUUCUCUUGAGAAGUUGAAAGCGCUUCACAAAAAGAUUCCGCUGGAUAAUCCUGACGGGCUUUUAAAUUGGGCCCAGGGAGCGCAAAAGGUAUACGCAGAUUACCUGUCGGCGUGGCGCCUUGGCUUUCAAGAUGUAGUAGUCAACCUUGCUCCGCCCGAUCCAGAUGAGGUCUCUAAAGGCCCUAAUUCGGACGCUCAAAGCCUCUACGCGGGGAUGUCACAAGAUGAGAAUGGAGAUGUGAUUGAUGGAGACGGGGAACGAGUUGACGUGGCUUUCUUGCUCAAAAGGCCUUUAGUCCGAUUGAAGUAUCUUGCAAAGACGUUCAAAGGUCUCAAUUACAUACAAUCAUCUCCAAAAGCGUCAGAGAUUGAAAAGAAAUAUCAAUCGCUUGUCACCGAUGCACGACACAGAGCGAAUGAAGAGAGAGCAAGACUCGAAGACGAAGCCGCGAGUGCAACUGAUGCAUGUAGAGCACGGGAUAUCCAUACUUUGAAAGUUUUGAAAGAUGUCGAGGUGAAUCAAAAUAGACGGGUUCGCGCACGCGACUUUUUUGAUCUUUCAUUUCUCCAUUCAACUGGACAACAAAUCGACUGCCGGAGUGAAUUACUUCUACGAGAUAAUCCAACGGAACAUGGACCUGGUGGAGACUUGUUCAUCUGUGAAGUUGACAGCGCAGGCCGUUGGCUGUUGUUUCCACCAAUCGACCAUGGCCGCGUUUCUGCCAGGAAUGGUGAUACGAAAGGUGAAAUCGUCAUCAUGGUUCGAGGUGUACCUGAAGAAGGUGGUAAUUGGUAUGAACUUCUGUCUCUGAAAACAGAAGAUGAACAGAUUGGAUUCGAAUGGGUCCAUAUGCUAGGCCUUAGCCCUGUUCCACCAAAGAUCAAUCGGUCACUGAGCUUCGUCAACCGUGCGAAGCAGAAGAAACAACGUCCUCCGAUUGACCUUAAACGCUCGGAAUCGGUCUUGUCAACAAGGAGUAUUAUACCAAGUCCAACUGACAUUGGCAUGCCUAUUGGCGAAAGGCGCUUUGAAACGAAGCAGACCGUUGAAGAUGACCAGGCCACAUUCGUUAGCAAUUUCCAGGCAUCUCGGGAGUCCGUAGUUUCAGAGUCGUCAAGGGGUUCAAUAAAUCAACAGAAACCAGCAAUCCAUGGCUCCUCGAGCCCCGUCACGGACACGCUUGUACGGCCCCCUCGAAGCCUAAACGAGGCUAUGGACAUGGCUGGAGGUACUUCACCCACGACAUUGAAGAGAUCCCAAGCAAAGAGGCGAUCUAAGUAUGGUCCACUAUCCCCCAUAUCCUCAGGAGAUGCUCGAAGCCCUGAGGGAGAUGUCAGGGGGUUAGAUAUUGCAGAAUCAAAGACAAGAAAGCGCGAGUCAGAACUGUUAGCACGAUCCGUUUCGCCAGAGUUGAAGGAUUUCAAGACCAUGAAGCGCUCCGAAAAAGGCGCACAAAGGCCUAUCGCAGAGGUCACUAGGUUGGGCAGACGCUCUCUGUCCCCAGUGCCAUCGCUAGACUUACCGUCGAUGCCUAGGCUGAGACAAAAGACACCGAGAAUCACACCUCCCUCCUCUCCUGUUCCUGUUGAGGAUCGUUCCGGGUCCCCUAAACCCAAGUCUCCCAAGCAGAGGAAUGAAAUCGAUGAUAAGCUGUUUUUGAGAAGUGAAUCGAGUGACCAACCAGUUUUUACUGAAGAUGUUCCAGCACCGCCGCCACAUCGGUCUCCAAGUCCUUCUCGCUCAAAGAAGUCCUCAUCUUCAGCCGCAACACCAACCUUUUCUCCUUGGGCUCGUCACAGGAGAACCUCGUCUCCACUGAAACAUGAAUAUGAGCCUUCAACAGCCACAGCUUCUACCGAGUCGGACACCUCAACUGUGGAACGCCAUACUGUCUACUCCUCAACGGAAACCUCAGAUGAGGAAUUGGAGAGUAACGAUCUCGCAACUCCAUUACCACCAACUGGUUCGAAUCGUGCCAACAAGGUGUCAUCGCCACCUUCUUCACCGACUUUGCCUGAUACAACACUAGCUCCGUCUAAUUCCGCGUCCCAAGCUCCAUAUAAAACAGUCCCAUCUCAACCUUCAAAAGCUGAAAAGACCAUUGCAUCUAUAUACUAUUGGCAUGACAAGGGUUCAUGGGAAGCGUUAUAUCCAGAGGAGUGUAGCAUUGUGGUAACCCCGGGCCUUAUCGAAGCUUGCGAGAUGGGACCUGCCCACUCACAACCUGAACCCGAAUCAGAUGAAGGCACGCCACGUCAAAGACCUCUUAUUGCCUUGGAAUUAACACCGCUAGUUCCGAUACGACGAGGUACUGCGCUUGACAUUAGUAUACGCUCACCUCCAACCUCGAAAUCCAAGUUGAUAUUCACCGGAACUAAUGUCAUGUUCCGUUCACGAAGUCCGGAUGAGUGCGACAAACUUUACGGGCUGAUUAACCAAGCUCGUAUUAACAAUCCAACAUAUAUUGCUUUACAAAACGCUCGUGACCCAUAUUCGAACCAACCAACAUCACUAUCGCGUUAUAAUUCUACCAGAUCCACCAAGGGAAGUGGUUGGUUUAGCUGGUACGGUGGCCUAUCGAAGAGCAGCUACCGUGCGUCCAGCGCACCAGCCCCAUCUGUUGCUGGCGUUACUGAAAGCAGCGUUGGAACGAUGGCCAGCGCAUUUUCUGCACUUAAGAGAUUCGGUGCCGGUAGUAAGAUGUUCAGCAUCGCCAGGUCGACAUUAACGUCCCGCACUGGAAGUCGAGGUGGUAGCUUAUACUCUACAUCGACUCGCUCCGGAUCGAAUCCUAGUCCUGCGUGGCAACCAAAUGGCAGAGGACAAGAGGCUUCUAGAUUUGCGCCUGGUGGAAUCGGUUUGACCAAUGCGAAAAUUCGACUUUACUGCCGUGAAUCAGCAUCCAAGUGGCGCGAUAUGGGUGCUGCACGGCUGACCAUUCUUCCCGCAUCACCCGCCACUUCUCCGCCAGGCACUUCGUCCAACAGCAUACACAACUCCGCCGGCGCAAUUGAAAACGAAACCAGCGCCGAUGGAACGACGGCAAUGUCCCCGUCACACACUCCUGCGGCCGCACCGGCUUCUCGCCAGCUUGAGAAGCGAAUUCUCAUCCACAGUAAGGCCCACGGCCAGGUUCUUCUCGACGCAUGUCUGGGAGAAAGCUGCUUCGAGCGCGUGGCCAGGACGGGGAUAGCCGUCUCUGUGUGGGAGGAUUUCCAAGGGGUAGCAAAGGAAGGAGGCGUUGUGGGAGGUAGUUUUAAGAUUUAUAUGAUUCAAAUGAAGAGUGAGGCGGAGACUGCAUAUACGUUUGGGCUUGUGGGGAAGUUGAGAUAUUAG